UUUAUAUUUUUGUUUUUGGCGCUCCACAAUUGUUUGAAUACUCAUCUUUCCCUCCGCCUCUCUCUCUCUCUCUCUCCGAUUCCCGGCCAUGGCGGCUGCGGCGCAGAAGCAGAAGCAGAAGCAGCAAACAAUGGCGGAGCAAGAGGAGAUCGGCGACACGCAACACGGCCCUUUCCCCAUCGAACACCUCCAGGCUUCUGGAAUAGCUGCUUUGGAUGUAAAAAAGCUGAAAGAUGCUGGUCUCUGCACUGUCGAAUCCGUCGCAUACUCUCCAAGAAAAGAUCUCUUGCAAAUCAAAGGGAUAAGUGAUGCAAAAGUUGAUAAAAUUAUUGAAGCAGCUUCAAAGCUUGUUCCCUUGGGCUUUACUAGUGCUGGUCAACUCCACGCACAGAGGCUCGAGAUUAUCCAAAUUGCAACCGGAUCGAGGGAGCUUGAUAAAAUCUUGGAAGGAGGAAUAGAAACUGGGUCCAUCACUGAAAUAUAUGGUGAGUUCCGAUCUGGAAAGACCCAGUUGUGCCAUACCCUAUGUGUUACUUGCCAGCUUCCGUUAGAUCAAGGUGGUGGUGAAGGAAAGGCUAUGUAUAUCGAUGCUGAGGGAACGUUCAGGCCCCAAAGACUGCUACAGAUUGCUGACAGGUUUGGAUUAAAUGGCGCUGAUGUUCUAGAGAAUGUAGCUUACGCUAGAGCUUAUAAUACUGAUCAUCAGUCUCGGCUUUUGCUGGAAGCAGCUUCAAUGAUGGUGGAGACCAGGUUUGCUUUAAUGAUAGUCGACAGUGCUACAGCUCUUUACAGAACCGACUUUUCGGGAAGGGGAGAAUUAUCAGCCAGGCAAAUGCAUUUGGCAAAAUUUCUUAGGAGUCUGCAGAAAUUGGCAGAUGAGUUUGGAGUAGCUGUGGUUAUCACAAAUCAAGUUGUCGCUCAAGUGGAUGGUUCGGCAAUAUUUGCUGGGCCACAAAUAAAGCCUAUUGGUGGAAACAUAAUGGCCCAUGCUUCUACAACAAGGCUUGCUCUUCGAAAAGGAAGAGGGGAGGAGCGAAUUUGUAAAGUGAUAAGCUCCCCAUGCUUGGCUGAAGCUGAAGCAAGGUUUCAAAUUUUGUCAGAAGGUGUUACAGAUGUAAAGGACUGAUCGAUAACUUCGCGAUGCUUUUUUUGCCAGGUUAUGUUCAAUUUCAAUGUAAUUUAGUGCCUUCUUUUCUAAUUUUUAAGCUUGGUUUUCUUUCCUAUAACCUGCCAAAAGUUUUAGAUUCCUGAAUGUGGAAGUGUGGGGUUUACAUGGAUGGAAAUUGAUAACUAUCAUGUUUUGCCUUCCAAUGCUGUAUGUAACAGUGAAUCUAUCAAUUCUA